CUGAGCUGUCCAAGGAGCCAGGAGAGGACCAUCAGAAUGGAGGCGGGUUCGCAGGUCACGGUGAUCAGGAGCAGCCGGGUGGUGGUAGAUGAUGCCGUCGUCCCAGCAGAGAUCGUCAUCGAUGGGGGCCGAAUCGCUGAGAUUCUGCCCGUUGGAAGCACAGUGCCGAGCCAGGGGGAGAAGGUGCUCGAUGUUGGCCACUUGGUGGUCAUGCCCGGCAUCGUGGACUCUCACGUGCACAUCAACGAGCCAGGCCGCACUGCCUGGGAGGGAUUCCACUCGGCCACCAGGGCGGCAGCAGCUGGAGGCAUCACCACCCUCGUGGACAUGCCACUGAACUGCCAGCCUCCGACCACCACCCUGAGCAAUCUCUACACCAAGCUCCAGGCGGCCAGAAGGCAAUGCCACGUGGACGUGGCCUUCUGGGGCGGCCUCAUCCCUGGGAAUGCUGCUGAACUCAAACCCAUGAUGAAGGCUGGAGUGCCGGGAUUUAAGUGUUUCCUGAUUGACAGCGGAGUGGAGGAAUUCCCCAACGUGGGCAUCAAGGACCUGCACGUGGCGAUGAGGGAGCUGCAAGGGACAGACUGUGUCCUUCUGUUUCAUGCGGAGGAGGACGUGGAUCUGGAGAAAUCCGGCCUCGGCUCAGGAGGCGGAGGACCGGAACCUUCCGAGUACCGCACGUUCCUAGCCUCCCGCCCAGACGCCAUGGAGGUGGAGGCGAUCCGGACGGUCAGCGAGCUCUGCCUCCAGUACAAGGUGAGAUGCCAUAUCGUCCACCUCUCCACGGCACGAGCCCUGCCGAUCAUCCGGGAGGCCAGGCGGAAGGGCGCGCCGCUCACCGUGGAGACCACCCACCACUACCUCUCCUUGGCUGCUCAGCACGUGCCCCCCGGGGGCACCCAGUACAAGUGCUGUCCUCCCAUCAGGAGCAAGCACAAUCAGGACCAGCUGUGGAAGGCCCUCCAGGACGGGAACAUCGACCUGGUCAUCUCGGACCACUCGCCCUGCACCGCAGACCUGAAGCACUUGGAGAGCGGUGACUUCCUCCAGGCGUGGGGAGGCAUCUCCUCCCUGCAGUUAGGACUCCCGCUCUUCUGGACCUCAGCACGACACAGAGGGUUUUCCCUUCAUGAUGUGGUCAAAUUUAUGUGCAAGAACCCAGCCAAACUGAGUGGACUCGAGGCACAAAAGGGGUCCUUGCGUCCAGGACAAGAUGCUGACCUGGUGAUCUGGGAUCCAGAGAAGGAGUUUGAGGUCAAAGAAAGCAUGAUUCAGCACAAAAACAAGCUGACGCCCUACCUCGGCUUUCGCCUUCAUGGAGAGGUUUUUGCUACCGUUGUCCACGGCAACCUGGUUUAUCUGAAUGGGGAAUUUUCGCCGGUACCACAAGGGAAUCUGCUUCUGGUGCAAUGAUCUACCCAGGAAGAAGCUCAUCUUCUCCUUCUAGCCGUUUUCAAGGCUCCGCUCAGGCGCCACCUCCUACAGGAAGUCCCCCACCCCGAAGGUUACUUUGUAUUUACUCUGUACAUAUUUUUUACUUCAUUAUCUAUGUACAUGUUAGUCCUCACUCCUCACUCUCCAGGAGAAUAAACUCCCUGAUGGCAAACACUA